CAAUUUAAAAAUGUUUUUAUUAAAUAAUUGCUUUGUUCUUUUUCUGUUUAUUUUGUUUGUGCCUUUUUUAAAUUCUGAAGAAGUUGUUGGUUAUGGUAGACACACAAAAGAAGGGGAGAAAAUUACAAAAAUGGGGGUAGCUCAAAGGAUUGUAAACAAAAAUAAGGAUUUGGAAGGCUAUGGAAAUGUUGAGAAUGCUUGUAAUGUUUCGAUUGAUGAUGGAGGGAAUAUGUAA